CACGCCCUCUCUGUAGGUUGAGUUGUUCGUUUACCGAGAAACGUCUGCUGUGUGUUCAAAUUUCGCAAGUAUGUGCGCAAGCAACGAAGUGAUAUCGUGUGCCAUCUUGAUUUUCCUUGGGUCUCAGCUCGUUGGGGGUUCCGAUCUCCCUUUGAAGUGCGCUACUGGUUUGAUCACGGGGAGACUGGGUUCCUCUGUGGUUCUCCCAUGCUGGCUUUCUCCUCCGCUGGAUGUGAAGGCCAUGGAGAUCCGCUGGUACCGUCCAGACCAAUACAGCACUCCAGUCCUGCUCUACCUCAACCACAAGGUCAUGACAGAUUUGCAGAAGGAGAGGUACAGGAACCGGACCUCUCUAAGCCUGCGAGAGGAGAACUCCGCUGGGCUGAAAGGGGGAGAUGUGUCCCUCGAGCUGAAGAACCUUAAUAUGGGGGAUCGGGGGACGUUUCACUGUUUUGUGAGUGGAGAUAAAGCAUAUGGAAGCUGUACAUUGACUCUAAAUUUAACUGCUCUGGGGUCUUCUCCUGUCCUGUCUCUGCAGCCCCAGGGUGACCAGGUAAACGUUACCUGUAGGUCCUGUGGAUGGCUGCCAAAGCCACGGGUUGAGUGGAAGCUUAGUGAACAGAAGAUCCCUGGUCCUGGUGGUCUGCUCUUCAGCCAAGAAGGAGAACUGACCUGUGUCCAGAGCUGGGUUCUUCUCUCUCCCUCUCGCUCAGGCCCGAUCACUUGCUCCAUCUCACUUCCUGGAGGAGAGGAGAAGGAUGGACACGUGGACAUUCAAAACAUUCUCUGCCUAAAGCACGGAGGAGGACCAUGGAAGGCCAUUUCUGCUGUGUCAACGUUAGCGGCAGUGGCUCUGGCCGCCAUCAGCAUCUACUUCUACAGAAAAUACAAAACAGGAUAUACAGCAGUUAAGAAAGGUCAAGAGGCUGAGGAAACAGCUUACCCUAAUCCAAACAUGGAGGAAUUGAGAAAAGCAGCAGUGAGCAUCACACUAGAUGAUACACGGACCUGUCCAGGUUUAAUGGUUAAAAACAAACUUGUAAGAGAUAAAGAAGGUGUUGCCGAUACCCACAGAGAACCUGGUUUUCCGUACCAUUUAUCAGUGUAUGGAAGAAACUCCUUCAGCAGUGGUCGUGCAUAUUGGGAAGUAGGACUAAUAUCACCUAAUAUACCACCCAAAACAUCAUGGCUGAUUGGAGUCACCAAAGCUUCAAAUGAUUUCACUGAAAAUAAGCAUGACGACAUGACCCCUUCCAAAGGUUUUUGGUUUCUUUACUUGAGUAAACAAACUGGCCUCCGUGUAAAUACUGAACCUGAAAUCUCACUCCCUCUAGUCUCAAGACCUGAGAGUGUUGGAGUUUUGCUAGACUAUGACCAAGGCGAGCUUUCAUUUUACAAUGUUAAGGAGGGUAUAUGUCUGGUCACUAUGAAAACGAAAUUCCAAGGGCAGGUUUUGCCAAUGUUUAACCCAGGGAUAGGUGAUGAGGCUCCUCUUAAGAUCCUUGACACUGCUGGACCCAGCGCUGUUCCUGCAGAGGGUGCUAGUUCUCCAACUGACAACUCAGUUAAGAUCCCAUAAUGACACUAACAUCAGUAUGUGCAAUCUUGUUAACUCACAUUUAGAUUCUAAAAGUUACUCACAUUUAGAUUCUAAAAGUUAACUCAGACAGAGCAGAUCCUUUUCACUCCUAAUUCUACACAAAUCAUAAAAUCACACUACAUGAACAAACCAGGAUGUUUUCCACAUUUACCUUUGAGGGCGGGGUUGCAUAACAUAUGGCUUAAAACCUAAGAGAUGCACAUCAACAUAAAUUAAAUUACAUGUGCAGGGCGCUACAUAGUUGUUAGUUUUGCUAGAUACAUUUGUGCAGUUCUAUGCUUUUAAGCAGUCUAUAACAACUCAUGUUUAUGGAACUCCCUUGUCUGUUACAGUUUGCAUUUAUGGUUAUUCUUUCAGAAUUGCUGUUUAAAGCAGCAAACAUUAAAAAUGUAAUUUUUAAAAAAGGUUUUAGCAAACAUUUUAUAAUCUCUUGAUGGUAAUUUCAUGCAAAGACCACCUACAGCUGUUUUAAUAUCACUGAUAUGAUAGUAUAGACAUUGCAGAUUCAGUAUGUGGAGGUUUAAAUCUACAAAUGGUUGUAGACAUUAGCAAACCUGUAUCAUGCCGCAUUCUAGAAAUCUGAGCAGCUAUUUAUUGAGUGGGUAUGUAUAUUGUGACAUAUUGGAGUGCAGUUUUAGGAUAGACACUAGCAAAGAACAGCCGUUUGCUUGCAUGUGGCAGUCUUGCAUUGUUUAAUACUUUCAGACAGUAAUGCACCUGCUUGUGUAAGUUUUGUUCUGUUGUGCUGUUGAGCUUUCUGCUAUUACAGUGGGCAUCAGCCAUGGUUCCACUCCCUAAUUUUGAAACCAUGUCUGAAAGCAGAUAUGCACCAGCUAUAGACUCAAAUAAAUGUAAUUAUUAUUAGACAACAAAUUACGUUAUAGCCUGCCCUAAGUCUUUAAUCAGGCAGACAGUUUUAGUUCAUGUUCACACAAUGUAUUGUUUAUCAGAACAGUUCUAUUGUGAUAUGUUGCAGCUAUGUAGUAUUUAAAUGUGAAUGUUAAUCUUUGUUAAAUUUAUACCUCUUAUAUUGAUUCACUGCCUUUUUAAAUUAAGCAUAAUACUUGUAGCAACAAGCAUUUGCGCACCAAUGUGCCACAGCUAAAGCCGUGAUGAAAAUAAUCUUAACAUGCCUGAGUGAUGCGUCAUCAUAGGUUACAACUUAUUUUCAUUAUAGAAAUUUAUAUUUGAGAGUAUUUAUAUUUGUGGCAACUAUUUAGAUUUUGGAUGUGUUUGUAACAAUCAUUUCAACACUAAUUUGUGCUUGAUAGUAAUUUGUAUUAAUGACAAAGCUAUAUACUGACAAAUACUGAAAUACUAUCAAAGUGUUUACUUGUGAUACUUUACACACUGACAGCCAGGAACGAACUGUUCAACCACAAUAGUCCUAACACAUUGUAUUGUAUCAUUCUAUGGCUUGGAAUAAUUUUAAAAGUGGUUAAAGAAAAAAAAAAGAUCACUC